AUGUCAUCAAAAGUGACCACAAGAGCGUCAGCGAAGUCGUCGGCGGCCAAAACAUCGGUUUAUUUUGCCACAAAUGUAUCGCCAAAUAAGUCAAAGACAUCAUCGGUUGGGAAGCGUUUGGAAACUAAAAGACAACGAAAAGCGAAACACAUUUCUGAACCACAAGAAGAGUCGGACAAUGAAUUGUCUUCAGACCAAUCAUCCGAAGAAGUGUUACCGAAAAAGUCGACCAAAAAGUCGAGUUUGAAAGUUGUGUCAAAAGAGCCCAAAAAUUGGAGACAAAUUCUGGAAAAUAUUCGCAAAAUGCGGGACAAAAGGGAUGCUGUGGUCGACAGUAUGGGUGCGGAGAAGACAUUUGAUGAAAAUGAAGGCAAUCCUAAAGACAAGCGCUUCCAAGUGUUGAUAUCGCUUAUGCUUUCGAGUCAAACGAGAGAUGAGAUGACAUAUAAGACAAUGCAAUCGCUUCGAGAGUAUGGACUGACAGUCAAUCAUAUGAUCGAAACGAGUGAAGAAGAUCUGUCGGAAAUGAUUCGUUCCGUCAGUUUCUAUCGAAAUAAGAGUAAAUUCAUUAAACGAACGGCUCUUAUACUAAGGGAUCAGUUCGACGGCGAUAUACCCGACACUCUGGACGGUCUGCUGAGUCUUCCGGGCGUCGGACCCAAAAUGGCUCACUUGGCGAUGAAGAUAGCGUGGGAUCAGUUGACUGGCAUUGCUGUCGACACUCAUGUUCAUCGGAUUUGCAAUCGAUUGAAAUGGACUGAAAGCAAAACUCCGGAACAAACGGAGAAACAGUUGGAACAGUGGUUACCAAAGGAUUGUUGGGAAGACUUUAAUCUAUUGGUCGUUGGCUUCGGACAAACCAUAUGUUCGGCUCUCAGACCAAAAUGUGGUGAAUGUCUUAACCGCAAGAUAUGUCCGUUUGUAUUGAAAUAA